GAGAGACUGAGGAACUGCCACAGAGCAGAGGGAUUGAAAGAGAAGCCUCCGCAGCUAGAAGAGGAGGAAGAAUCGGUGGCCAACCACAGUCAGGUGAAGGGGGGACAGGCUAGAGUGGGGGCUAGAGUGGGGGCAGAUGGCAUUUUGUGGGAGCGUGUGGGAGCAUUGGCACCUGGAGGACAGGGGACUUCAGAGGAAAAUGUGCCUAGAUGCUGACAGCAGAGUAGGGAUGAGGGUUCUCUGAGGCUGCAGGAGGAGUGAUGGAGGCCAGGCAGACCUCCCACCCCUCCCACUUUCUGCCCUGUAACAAUGGGGCCUCCACGCUCACGUUUGACUUAGUGGAGAGAGGCUGCUGGGCCAUGUGAGGUGGCAGGUUGCUGGGAGGCCUUGCCCCACCCUCGUGCCAGGUGGGGUACAGGAAAAGGAGAGGCAGACCUGCGGGGGGCGGGGGAGGGUUCCAGUCUUUGCUUGGCAGGCGGAGGAAAGUGUGGCCGAACCCCGCAAGGCCUGUACUGUGGCCCAAGGACAUUGCACGCACUCCACCCAGGAGGAGGUCCUGCCCGCAGGUCCCCAGACCAUGCUGCCCGGGCCUGUCCCGCCUCCAGCUCCGCCCGCCGGUCCAGCCGCCUAGCUAUUGGCUGCAAGGCCGGGGCCGGAACCCCCGGUGGGGUAAUUAAGGAAGGAUUAAUGAGAUCCCCAAAGUCAACAGAAAAAUCGAUGGGCCGCGGAGCCCGAGCGGCUGCUGCGCAGUCCCACCAGGCGGGGGACGUCGGGGGCAUCCUUCGGGGCUCAGGGGCCUCACCUGGACGGACGAUCGGCCCUGCGCCCGCAGUCGGUGGCCACCAGCGGCGAUGCCCACGCAGGCCUCAGCCCCUUCUGAGAUUCCACCCAUGGCCUCUCCAGAAGCCCAGGAGAUUGGAGCAGCCCUGGCCAUGGAGAACCAAGUGGAUCUGGGGGCCGAGGAGACAGGGGCCCCCACCUUACCUCACCAGCAGUCCUGGCUGGUGCGACAUUUCGCACUGCUGCUGCGGAGGGACCGACAGGCCCAGAAGGCGGGGCAGCUCUUCUCAGGACUCCUGGCCCUCAAUGUAGUGUUCCUGGGCAGCGCCUUCAUCUGUAGCAUGAUUUUCAACAACGUGGCCAUCACACUGGGCGACGUGUGGAUCCUGCUGGCCGUGCUGAAGGCCCUGUCCCUCCUCUGGCUCCUCUACUACACCGCCAGCACCACCCGCCAACCACACCCGGUGCUCCACCAGGACUCUCACGCGGGACCCAUUUGGGUGCGGGGCUCCCUGGUGCUGUUCGGCAGCUGCACCAUCUGCCUCAACAUCUUCCGAGUGGGCUAUGACAUCAGCCACAUUCACUGCAAGUCAAAACUGGAGCUCAUCUUCCCUGUCAUUGAGAUCAUCUUCAUCGGCAUCCAGACCUGGGUGCUCUGGAAACACUCUAAGGACUGUGUUCAGGUCCAGACCAACUUCACUAGGUGUGGCCUGAUGCUGACGCUGGCCACAGACCUGCUGCUGUGGGUUCUGGCCGUCACCAAUGACUCCAUGCACCGCGAGAUCGAGGCUGAGCUCAGUGCCCUCAUGGAAAAACUCUCAGGCAAUGACACCAACACCUGCCUGUGCCUCAAUGCCACAGUAUGUGAGGUCUUCCAGAAGGGCUACCUGAUGCUCUACCCCUUCAGCACCGAGUACUGCCUCAUCUGCUGUGCCAUGCUCUUCGUCAUGUGGAAGAACGUAGGCCGUCGCCUGACGCACCGCGCAGGCACCCACCACAGCACCCCGCCCUUCCACCUGCAUGGGGCCAUCUUUGGGCCACUGCUGGGUUUACUGGUGCUGGUGGCAGGCAUGUGCAUCUUUGUGCUCUUCCAGAUCGAAGCCAGUGGCCCUGCCAUCGCGCAUGAGUACUUCACCCUCUACUAUGCCUUCUAUGUAGCCGUGCUGCCCACCAUGAGCCUGGCAUGCCUAGCAGGCACGGUCAUCCACGGGCUGGAGGAGCGCGAGCUGGACAGGCUUAAGAACCCCACCCGCAGCCUGGACGUGGUGCUGCUGAUGGGCGCUGCGCUGGGCCAGAUGGGCAUUGCCUACUUCUCCAUUGUGGCCAUUGUGGCCACCCGCCCCCAGGAACUGCUCAACUGCCUCAUCCUGGCCUACUCGCUGCUGCUCAUUGUGCAGCACAUCGCCCAGAACCUCUUCAUAGUCGAGGGCCUGCACCGGCGCCCACUCUGGGAGGCUGCUCCCGAGGGGCCAGCAGGGAAGCGGGAGGGUGAGCCACCCCGCCGGGGCUCCCUGCUGGAGCUCAGCCAGGGCCUGCAGCGGGCCUCGCUAGCCUACAUGCACUCCUACAGCCACCUCAACUGGAAGCGGCGGGCGCUCAAGGAGAUCUCACUCUUCCUCAUCCUCUGCAAUAUCACACUAUGGAUGAUGCCUGCGUUUGGCAUACACCCCGAGUUUGAGAACGGGCUGGAAAAGGAUUUCUAUGGCUACCGGACGUGGUUCACCAUCGUAAACUUUGGCCUGCCUCUGGGGGUCUUCUACCGCAUGCACUCUGUGGGGGGCCUGGUGGAAGUCUACUUAGGGGCCUGAGACUUCCCAAGGAACCCAAACCUGGCAGAACCCCAAAGUGCCAAGGAUAGGGAGAAGGUAACCCAGAGCCUGUAAGCAGAUGCUCCGAUCUGGGGGGCCUGGACCAGCCUGGGUUCCCAAAGCCUGCCCCUCCCCAGAGUCCCACUGACGUGGGGAAGGCACUGUCUGCAGCCCAAGACCAAGGGCAGGGUCUGGACGCUGAGCUUCUGAUGUGCCCACAUCUAGGAUUGGGCACAUGCCUGCCUCUGCUCACCACCACAAUCAGUACAGCCCAAGGCAUGCCCCAGGAAGCCCCACAGCUUUUCUCUGGGAGGGUUAGCCCUAAAUGACUGAGUCUGGGGAGUUUGGAGAGGGGAACCCCUACCCAGCCGGGCCCCAGAGGUCUGCCUCUGCCGUAGGAAGAGUACAUGGUCCAAGCUCAGCCCAGGGCACCCUGGAGCUUCACAGCUUCUCGGUGGCCCUUCCCUCUCCCCACCCACCCUGUCUCCUAAUGAGGUCAUUAAUUAACUGCCAGGCAGGGUUCAACAGCUCUCUCCUGCUGCCAUAAACCCUGUUUGUUUGAUCAAUUA